CCGGGGCGACUGAACCCGCGAAAUGGCGAAAGGUCAGAGCUCAAAGUUCUUCAAAUGGAAACCCAGUUUUCAUAUGAACUGUUCAUCAAAUCGCGAAGAAUUUUCAGUUCUUCAUUUCCAUUGAGUGCAUAAAAUCCAAUUCAUAGCUCUCAAAACAGCAGAGAAAGAGCGGAGCCAACAUGGGUUGGAUUGGAGAGAGCACCGAGUAUUUGAAAUCCAUCAAAAUCAGACAGAUUCUAUCUCAGGCUAUCAGUUUUGGUUUGAUUGUUACAUCUGCAUUGAUGAUUUGGAAAGCAUUGAUGUGCUGGACAGGGAGUGAGUCACCUGUUGUGGUUGUGCUCACCGGAAGUAUGGAACCUGGUUUUGCGAGGGGCGACAUUCUCUUCCUCCAUAUGAAUAAGGAUCCAAUUCGUGCAGGGGAGAUCGUUGUGUACAAUGUUGAGGGACGUGAUAUUCCAAUCGUCCAUCGUGUAAUCAAGGUUCACGAGGCAAGAGAUACAGGAGAAGAUUAUAUACUUACCAAAGGUGACAAUAACUACUAUGAUGACAUUGGACUAUAUGCUAAGGAUCAGCUUUGGUUGCAAAGACACCACAUCAUGGGAAAAGUCAUCGGUUUCUUGCCAUAUGUUGGUUAUGGAACAAUUAUCAUGACAGACCUGCCUAUAAUCAAGUACAUCCUUAUUGGUGCCUUGGUAUUGCUGAUCUUAACCUCCAAGGAUUAACAAGACAUCAACUCCUACCUCAAGUACCUAGAGAGCUACAAAAAUAGAAAAUUCGGUUCAUCGCAAUAAAAAAGAGAUUUUAGUUUGAACGGAGAAUGGGGAGGGAGUAGAAAGAGACUUUUCUCGGUUACCUAAAAAGUUUGUUAUAUUAGGAUUUUAAUUUUACAUUCAUUUUAAUAUUUGGUCAAAGACAUUUAAAAUAAAAAGUCGUUAUCAAAGUCUAGAGUCUAAAAGGGUUCUCUCAACUGUGGAUGAACUUGAGGUCUAAGUUCGAGAAUGUCAGAUCCACAAUACAACAUUGUGUUACUGUUCUCAAA